AUGAAAAGGUAUUACAGGAUUACACUCCAAAUCUGUCCCAACGACAGUACCGUACAGUUUUUCUAUACCUAUCUUUAUCGUACCUUAUUCCAUUCUCAGACUCACAAACUGUCAGUUUCCAUUAAAUCAGCUUUUUUUAGUAUAAACAAUAAUACAAAACUGACUUUACUUUCAUUACACUUCUUAUUACUUCAAGUACUUAUUUACCACGAAUUUACCACACCUGACACAAUGUUAUAA